GUGAGACGUCACAUGACUCACACAAAGAGAUCAAUUUCGCUUUAGCUUUGUAUCCAUCUGGUUUAUCAAAAUCAUAUUUUGCUCGCUAAAAUGGCAUUUAGACCACUUUGCUCGAAAUGGUUUUUUGGAAUGGGAUGUACAAUGUUGAUUUUAACCACAAUAGCAUUGACAUGUGAAUUUGUACGAAUAGAACAGGGGAGCAGUACUUAUAGAGUUGGAGCAGUAACGUAUUCUUUUUAUAUGAUUGCACCCGGUGUACUGUGUGUUAUAUGUGGAUUCAAGAAGGGACGAGCAUUGUUGGGAGCUACUCUUGCUCUAAAUGUCAUUGGUGCUGUCACGUCUUUUGUUUGCCUUUAUGUAUCUGCUAGGAAAUGGAAAUCUUUAGACAGAUGCUCUGAUUAUUACUAUCAUUAUUAUUACGACGAUUGUGAUGACACAGAUGAGCGUGCUGUUCUUGGUUUGAUCACAAUUCCCUCAGCUUUGAUGGGGAUUAUAAGUCUUGUUGGAUCAAUUUAUGGAUGCAUUAUCACUUGUCCAUGCUGUUUAACAAAUGAGGAUGGCGUGAACGUAAACAAUGGCCUUUCCCAAGCUUUUCCAGUCGUUAAACUCGAAACAGUUCAACCAAAUCCUCAGCUUCAUCUCUACAAUGAGCCAACGACGUCACACAUAGAUUUGGGAAUGACGCAAAUUAAAGAAAGCCUGCCUCAAAACGAGUUCAGUUAAAUCACAAUGGAAAUUUAGAUACACCAUAUGUGAGAGCUAGGCAUCAAAUUUGCGGAUUAUUAUUAUUUUAUGAGGCAUGAAACAAAAUGGACUUGAUAAAUUCUCAUAUACAUAAGUUAAUUACCUAAAAUAUUGUUAAGUAUGAAACAUGUGCCAUAAUUUAACCUGUAGUUUUAAGCUGUGUCAUUUUUGUGCCAAGAUAUUUCAAAAUUCCUUUCUUGGUAAAA